UAAUUUUAGACCAAGGACACCUGUCCUUGUCAAUACCAACAUGGUUAUAGUAAAGCCUCAACAGAAGUUGAAAAAUAAAUGUUGGAGGAAAAAGUCAUACAAAUGGGUAGUUUCAGAGUUAUGUAAGCAACUACAAAGAUCCAUCCAGUCAUCUAUGAACAAUCUACCGGAAAGUAAAGCAGUUUCUCCUGCCACUCCAUCUGUCAAAGACUUGGUGAAGGUUUUGUAUGGAGGAAAAAGAUUUGGUAAUCAUGUGAAUGAAGUUUGGCCUAACCUAUUCAUCGGGGACAUGUCAGUGGCCAAUGAUCGCUACAGUCUGUGGAAGCUGGGAAUCACUCAUGUUCUGAAUGUAGCUCAUGGGAGCAUGCACUGUCAGGGGAGUCAUAACUUCUAUGGCUCCACUGUGGAUUAUUAUGGAGUGCCUGCAGAUGACUCACCGUACUUUGACCUCUCUCGCUACUUCUUUCCCUCUGCUGAGUAUAUUCAGAGUGCACUUGACAUGGCUGGUGCUCGGGUUUUAGUCCACUGUGCAGUUGGAGUGAGCAGGUCUGCCUCCCUCGUCCUAGCCUACCUAAUGAUCCACCAGCAUUACACCCUGCUAGAGGCUAUCAAUAAGGUCAAAGAGCACAGAUGGAUUUUCCCAAACAAAGGGUUUCUCAAACAGCUUCGUGCUUUGGAUAUGAAACUACGCAAGACAUCAUGAGUAAUCCUCUGCACCUCAAAAAUUGAUUUUUUUUUUAAAUUACUGAACCUCAAAAGCCCAUUUCCCUCAAGAUGAAUGAAGAAUUCAUCGUCUGCCAGUGGAGGGAGUUAAUGUACUUUUGACUGUAAUCAGUUUGUUUCAAGAAUGGUAUUGAAUCUAUUGACCCGGGUGCUGUGUUUAAUGUGACUCAUGCUGCCUGUUCACAGGAUAUUGACCCUUAUAUUAGUAGGAAAUCAUUACACCUUACCCUUAGAAUCCAUUUUAAGACUCAGAAUCCAGAAUUUGUUUUAUGUUGAAGGAAAUGUACAUCCACUGUGAUGUGUUGUGUAUUCACUUUAAAACAACAUGAACACUAGAUAGAUGGUUAGAACACUGGAUAAUUUAGUUGUAAGCAGAGUUAAGUAGAUUUUAAAUGUUGAAAUUUUUUUAUUCUUAAUUCUCAGAAAAAAAAUCCUUAUUUUGUUGCCUUCUCUAAACUUUCUUAGAUGUGUUGAGUUGCACUAGGGUAGAAUUUGUACUCAUGACCUCAAUAUUUAUAAAAUCACUGCCAUGGCCCCACCAUCAGCUUCUUAAAACCAUGUAAAACCCCUUAUCAGUGUAUGCGUGUUCAGUGGUCUUAUGUUGUGCACAAUUUUUAUUGUCAAGGAUUUAACAGCCAAGACAAUCUCAGCUGCUUUUCGCACUGUUCACAUGCUGAGCAACAUUUACAAUAACUGCAGAUGUUCCUGCAAAUGUCUUUUGUUUUCCUGCAUUUUACAGUGUCAGUAGUGUAGUGUAGUGUCAGUAUUGUCCUCUUAAUUUCUGUCUUGUGGUUCCAGUGGUAGACUGGAUUUUGGACAAUUUUAUGUAAUGGAAUCAAAUGCUGGAAACAUUUUACAGUUUCUAAGAACAUACAGUAGGUCUUUGAAACCUGACAAUCUGCCUUGGCAGGAAGUUGACUAUAUAACAUGAGAGAGUUUAGAUUCCAAUGGUCUCUUCUUACAUCUUGUAAAUCAGAUGGAGAGAAAGUGUGGAAAUUAUUGAAUAUUUCUAAUAAAU